AUGGAAGUAGAGGAGGAGGAGGAGGAGGAUGUGAAAUACAGCGACAGCAACAACAACAACAACGACGACGGCAACAACGACGAGUACCCUAUGGCUAAACAGACUCGACAUGGUAGCAGCAACAACAACAAAAACUACAACAAUCGCAAACACCACAACGAUAAAAUUGACCUGGUAAAUGAACUACACCGACCGAUGCGUAUAAAUUUUCCAAGAAGACAAACCGUUGUUAAAGGAUUGGAUGAUUUGUGGCAAUCAGAUCUUGGAAUAUUGGACAAGUAUGCCAAAUACAAUAGAAACUAUAAAUACAUACUGGUUGUGAUUGAUUGUUUCUCAAAGUAUUUAUGGGUGGAACCAUUAAAAUCUAAGACGGGGACCGAGGUGGCAAAAGCAUUUGCAAAAAUACUGACGGACAGACGACCGAAAAAUCUUCAAACUGAUCAGGGCACAGAAUAUUUCAACAGUUCAUUCGAGCGACUGAUGAAGCAGCACAACAUAAAUCAUUACAAUACGUUUAUCAGCAAAAAAGCAGCGAUGGCUGAACGUGUAAUACGAACAAUAAAGGAGAAAUUGUGUAAACAUUUUUCACUGAAUGGAGAAUACAAGUGGCUAGACGUAAUUCCUAAAAUAGUGUCGGAUUAUAACAAUACAGUGCAUCGAACAAUUAAAAUGAGACCGUCGGAUGUGAACAAGGAAAAUGAAGAACGUUUAUAG